CAAUGGAUAUUAGCAAAAUAUCACGAUCUGCAUAUAGAACAAUUGCUAAUCUUAGUCAAAGUUUGCUACGUGAAUGGUCAGUUUCUGAAGCAAAAAAACAACUUAUGAAUGAUAUGGCAAGUCAAAUAAAAACAACUUUAUUUGAUUUUUUACUAAAUUUAUUAGAUAACUUAACUGAAUUAAUUAAUAAAGAAAUUUAUUUUAAUGAUCAAAAUAUUGUUAAAUCAGUUAUAGAAUCA